AUGUAACCAAUAUAAAUUUAAGCACUUGAUGAAUAUGUUGAAAAAUUCGAAAAGAACUUUCAAAAUUUGAAGAAAUAUUGUGGAAUGGACGAAUUGAUUGAAUCUUUAAAAUCAGAGAACAAGAAUAUUGUCAGUAAUUUAGAAAAUGAAAUGAAUAGCUAGGUAGAAACUAAGGAAAUACUAAUUAAGAAGUUAGAAUCAAGAUUAGAUAACUUAGGAUUAAAUUUAUAACUUGA